GCCGCCGCCGUGUGUCUGGAGCAUUAGCACAGCAUCAUCACGAUCACACUGGAGGCAGCAAGUGAGACGGGCAUCCAGCCUCCCUACGGCAGUUUCGGCCUGCAUCUUUCGGCCGUGGGAGUGGCCGGCGCCAGCUGUGACCUCGUGACCGCCGACCCAGGGCCCAGGGCCGCGUUCAGGCCCGACGGCGUCCCAGCAUCGUUCGCCCAGAGCCGAAAGAUGGCCGGCGUGUCGCCCUCUGACGACCCGGAGCGGCUGCUCGACGAGUGGCUCGGACAGCUGGACAACCUAGCCGAGGGUUUGGACAACGUGACUGGCACCACGGUUGUGACCCGCAGGCGGACGGCCACCCCAGAGAUCUCCGCCCCUAGGAUAGACAGCUUUCGCUUCUCGAUGGCCAACCUGGAAGACUCUCAGGACUUGGACUUAGACGCCAUUCUCGGCGAGCUGAGCGCCCUUGAGACAGAGUGCCAAGAAGCCAUCAACACUCAGGCGGUGGAUCUCUCCAAGAAAAAAGUUCCAGAAAUAAUCAAAACCGAUCUGGGACACAGAAGGACGCCCUCCUUUUCAAGUAGCGAGGGAGGCAACCAACAAAGAGUCUCAUUUCUCAGCGAAACCGAGAGCGAACACAGAUCCAGCAGCAAUGGCACUCGCACUGACAGCCCAGACAAUGAUUCCGCCUUUUCGGACAAUGUUUCUUUGCUUUCUGGCGAGAGCUCAGCCUCCAGUGGAGGCAGCGGUGGCAGAACUGACGCAUCCUCCAAGUCAAGUGGACUCGGCUUUGGCUUCUCGCAGAUGGAUGAAGCGAGCCGUGAAAAGGCUGAGAAGAUUAGGAUAGCACUAGAGAAAAUGCGAGAAGCGAAUGUAAAGAAACUGUUUGUAAAAGCUUUUUCUGCUGAUGAGUCAACCAAGUCACUUUUGGUUGAUGAGAAAAUGACCUGCGGACAUGUGACCCAACUUUUGGCUGACAAGAACCACGUUACUAUGGGUCCAAAGUGGGCUGUCAUUGAGCACCUUCCAGAACUUCACAUGGAGAGGAUAUUUGAGGACCACGAGCUGUUAGUUGACAACCUUAUGCUUUGGGCGCGAGACUCGAAGAAUAAGCUGCUUUUCCUGAACCGCCCCGACAAGUACGCGUUUUUCACACGACCUGAGCCAUUGCUGGUGCCUCACAACCCAGAGCCCUUAGACGACAAAAGCAGGGAUGACCUUCUGGACGAAUUUUUCAAUAACUCGUGCGUGGCACCAAUGGAGGGGCCGCUCUUUCUGAAGGAAAAGCGUGGCUGGCGCAAGCUGCACUUUGUUCUGCGCGCCUCAGGGCUGUACUUUGUCAAAGGCAGGCGGGACCUAGUCUGCCUGGCGCCCCUGGACUCGAACGAGGUGUACCAGGGUCUUGGCUGGAAGAAGCGGCACAAGGCUCCGACUGACUUCUGCUUUGCCCUGAAGCACCCACGUCUGCAGAAGGGCCACAAGUACGUCCAAAUGCUGUGUGCCGAGUCUGCGGAUGCUCUGAGCAAGUGGGUGAUGGCGAUCCGGCUGGCCAAGCAUGGCAGGAUUCUCCUGGACAACUACACAGCAGCACAAUCCAGUCCAGAACCUGCAGUUGGAGCACAGAUGGUUCCUAUUGAGAGACUUUCCUUCAGCUCUGCCUCUCCAAUUGGCUCUCAGACGCUCGUGUCACCCAUGGGCUCGCAACCAGGCUCGCCGAGGAAACAGCUGCGGCACUCAGGCUCGCAUGACGAGCCCUUUGAGGCCGAGUUGCCGCCAAUCAACACAAUCAAGCGGAAGCCGCCGUCCCUGAAGCCGCAGUUGCCGCUCACCCCCACCACCAGGCAACUGUCUGAGGUGGUGCUGCCGCCUCCAGUCGUAUCCACACCGCCAGAGCCGCUCCUGCCGCCGCCACCGGCGGAGGUGUUGUCAGAUGAUGAUGAGUUUCCGCCCCCGCCGCCCCCGCUGGCGCCCUCUGAUCUGGCGGCCAGCGUGCUCUCACUGGAUGUGCCGCCCCCGCCUCCUCCGCCAAAGCCCUCUAGUCGCCGAAUUUCGUUCCAGCCGCCCCCGCCGCCCAAGCGCAGCGAGAGCACCCGUCUCACCACGGCCUCCGUCAAGCCUGACUCGGCCGCCUUUCUCUCAGAUCUGCAAAGGGUCGUCCGGAAAAAGUGGCAGGUGGCCGAGAAGUGCAAGCGAGACUCCAGCGUGACGCCGCACGAGGUGCUUGGCUUCCGCGACCCGCCCGACUACCGCGAGACAAAUGUGACCAACUGGUUGGCCGAGCACUAUGGCUCUUUGUAUGAGAACGUGCCUAGCCGGCAGAAUGGCAAACGGCCGCCCCCGCCUCCAAUGCGCAGCGACACCACACAGCUGAGCCAGCGGAGAGCAACAGACUUCUAACUAACGUCACAAUUUUCUAUCUCAUUUUCGAAACAGGAAUUUUGUAACUUGGUUUGGGAUUUCACAGCAGGCAAGGGUGAGCUAAAAUUAACAGCCGGAGCUGCAGUGAUUUAACAAUUUUUUACUCAACGGAAAUGCCUUACAUUGAUUUUUUGUCUUUUGUAACGAUGUCACGUUUUGAUUGAAAACUGCAUCUAAUUGCUGUAUAAAUUAAGAAAUUUUGGUCACCCUGCCAAGUGAGCGAUUCCUUGUACGGCCAUGUGGGAACAUGUGAAUUUUGUACAUUUUGUAGACACAAACACUCGCACUGCUUGAUGUUGUGCCUUUCAAGUCAUUGAUUGUAAAACUAAGUCUCAUUUUGUGGACGAGUCUGAUGUGCAUUAAUUAUUUUAAGUCUCUUUUUCAAUGAAUGUUAAUUGCCUUAUUGUAAAAGUCUCAAAAGCGAGGUUUUUAUAGCAUUUUUUGGCUGGCCGUAAAGAUGACAAGAGCCCACAAGAAUCCCAGCAGUAAGUUAAAUAUUAGUACUCUUGAUGGAAAAGUGCCAUUGGUUUUUAUUGUGUAUACUGACGAGGUGGCAAUUACUGGUUUUCAAACUUGAUGUACGUACACGCCUUGAUUUUUGACUAAAAGACUUUUUAAAACUGUUGUUAACCAUGCUGUUGAUUAUUCCCAAGUUUGACAGCCAUAUUCGAGCGAUGAAAACUUCUCACAUGCUCUACAACCAACUCCCUGUCUUCCUGAGUUUAUUUUUUGUAUUUAUUUAUCUGAUUUCUACACAUGCACCACGAUGCAUUUAGACUACUCACAUACCGCAGCAUCUCGAUAUAUAUGAAUUAUUUCAACAAAAUAUGGCUGACUAAACCAAAAAUGUAUCUUGGGUGCUUCAAAUAAUAAAUAAAACUGAAUAAACGGAAUAUAAUAAAUAAA